CAUGGUCAAAACAUAGAACAUUUUUCAGCCUUGUUGUUUGAUUAGUUGUCCUGCUCUCAUGGUCGAUUAGUCCGCCUGCGCCGGAAUCCCGAACGUCAGGUCGGAGAGGACUCUCGUCACCUCGUUGAAAUUCGUGAAAUAUUGUGGGCGUUUGUAGUGAGAAGCUCAGACUUUUACCACAGCUCCUGAUGCUGGCUCUGUUGGGAUGCAGGACUGCUCUGAGGUGGACGCUUCCCCUGCGUUGCUCUGCGUUUCCUCUGGGGAGCUCUGCCACGAGCAGCCGGCCCUCUACCACAACCAGACAUCACUAUCUAACAGCCCCGGUCGCUCUGAUUCACCAGAGUAAAGCCAAAGCAAGUCCUGAUCCAAACGAGGUCACUCCAGUGUGGGAGUACUGGUCCGGACUGGAGGAGGAGCUGUUUGGAAUGGGGAUAUGGUCGGUGGGUUUGGGCGCUGUUGGAGCUGCGCUAGCUGGGAUCUUUCUGGCAAACACUGAUCUGUAUCUUGCAAAAGGUUCCAAGGCGUCCAUGGAAUACCUCCAAGAUGCUGAUCUGCGUUCCACCAUAGAUGAUGAGCAGGUCAUCAAGGCGAAGAGCCUGUGGGAGAAGAACGGGGCGGUGGUCAUGGCUGUGCGGCGACCUGGAUGAUUUUUGUGCAGAGAGGAGGCCUCUGAGCUGUCCUCUCUGAAGCCCCAGCUGACGGAGCUUGGGGUCCCUCUGGUUGCCGUGGUGAAGGAGAACAUAGACGGAGAGAUCCAGGGCUUCAGACCACACUUUGCUGGGGACAUCUACAUCGAUGAAAAGAAACAUUUCUAUGGCCCCCUGCAGAGAAGAAUGGCGGGUUUGGGAUUAUUUCGCUUUGGAGUUUGGCAAAACUUCAUACGGGCCUGGCGAGCAGGUUACCAGGGCAACAUGAACGGAGAAGGCUUCAUUCUAGGAGGCGUGUUCGUCAUCGGAGCAGGAGAUCAGGGAAUCCUCCUGGAGCACCAGGAGAAGGAGUUUGGUAAUAAAGUGGAGAUAGCGGACGUCCUCCAGGCAGCAAAGAAGAUUGUUCCACUGAAGUAGUUUUGUAGGGAUAAAUAAAAGCAGGUACACUGGUUAAGAUCAAAGUUCAAAUGAACAAAUAGAACUUGACAUGUUGAGUCGGUCACUGUUUACAUAUCUCAAAACACCUUCGGGUUUUGCACGGUAGUUUGUUGUAAAAUGCAGGAAAACCAGUGUUUGAUAUUCAGUUUAUUUCUUUUUACUUCCACAAACUCUCUGAAACGAUGUCAUAGGCUUUGAAGGAAAGGAAGUGGAAGCGGCAUUUUUGGUACGUCAGGUUUCGUUAAACUUGAAACACGUCGCCUGAAGGCGGGACAUUAAGUGUGAAUAUAUUUUAUCCGUCUCAAAGGCUUUAAAACAAUCAGCACAUGAAAAGCUUAAUUUGCUUCUCCUGGUCGGAUACGUGAAUGCCCUCUGACAUGGAAGACUGAAGAGUGUGUGUAAUAAUGACAACUUGACUCUAAACUCUGUGGAGAGGAGCGAGUUUGAUGCCCACACACACACACUGGUUGCAGAGGAGCGUUUGUGGUGUUUGAGGCGGUUUUGCUGUGCACUUGUGUGGGUGAGAUGUUGCUGACACAUAAAAAUGCGUUACCACUAAA